AUGGCGACAGAGGAGAAAGAGGCUAGAAACACCGAUGACAUCGAAGCCAGCAUCGUCGAAUACUUCUACGAACGACAGGUGUCUGGCCACAGGUGCGGCUACUGCAAGUCGGCGGACGGUUUCGUGACGAACGGUAUGUGGGGACACCGUCUGGCCGGCCAGGACUACCAGGACCUCAUCGAGCGAGGCUGGCGGAGGAGCGGCAAGUACCUCUACAAGCCCAUAAUGAGCAGGACGUGCUGCCCGCCCUACGCUAUCCGCUGCGAGGCGCUACGAUUCAAGCCGACGCGUUCCCAGCGGAAAGUCGCCAGGAGAAUGCGCGCAUUUCUGGUCGAAGGGAAAGAAUCGCAGCGAGCCAGCAUAGCCAAGCCUCGGGAAGCCUCGGAGAAAGAGGAGAAGGAUUCUCCCAUGAUGAAGGAAGAGGGGAACACAAACGAAGUAGGUGGGGAAGAGGCUCCCACAAUGAUGGAAGAGAUGAAGACAAACGGAGCAGGUGGGGAAAGGGAAAGGGAUUCUCCUCCCACAAUGAAGGGAGAGGAGAAGACAAACGGAGUAGAUGGGGAAAAGGCUCCCACGGUGGAGGAAGAGAGGAAGACAAAUGGAGCAGGUGGGGGAGAUAAGGAAGAAACUAAUGAAACUGAAGGGACAGCUGAAGGGACAAAAGGCAAUGAGAAAGACGUAAAGGACUCAACAGAUGAUCCACAGACAGUGAUGGACACAGUCAAAGAUGAACAAAAGAAUGAGUCUGAGGUUGAGACCAAGAAGAAGGAAAAGAAGGUGCCUAGGCCGGGGGUGGGUGCUGACCACAACAAGCCUCGCUGCAGGAAAGGAAAGGAGCUUCGUCUGGAGAGACGCAACAAAAAGCUGGCGGCCAGAGAGCCAGACCCUGGAGUAAACAUAGGCGAUAGCAUCAGUGAGAAGACAGCAUCAGUUGGUGAAGACAGCAAGGCUAUGGACACUGGGGAUAAAGAUGAUGACACUGCUGCUGCUGCUGCUAAGGAAGCGGUGGAAGACAAGAAUGGCGAAGCAAAGGAAGACAAGGAAGAAGAUGGAGAUCCAAUGGAUACACAGUCAGAGCAGCCUACUUCUACUACCGAGGAACCUAAGCCAAAGAUUGAGGCUGAACCCAGUCAGCCACACAUCACAGUCGAGGAGCUCCUGCAACUCCCAUCAGACCAAAAGUUGGCUCAUAACCUGGAGCUGAAGGUGGUGGACUGCUACCCUCUGACCCAGGAGCUCAUGUCUUCGUUCAUCGAGAGCUUCCUCCUCUACAAGAAGUACCAGAUGGCCGUCCACGGGGAUAAGGAGGAGGAGAUAUCAGAGCGAUCCUUCCGUCGGUUCCUCUGCGACACUCCGCUCAUUUCCCUGGACGUCUACGUCUACUACGACCCGGAGUACUCCUGGCUCGAUCUCGGAGUGUACUCGGCACUGCGGGAGAUCGAACUCGUUCGCAGACUGAGCAGAACCAAGCCCGAGUUUCAGAACUACUGCAUGGGGUAUUACAUACACAACAACGCCAAGAUGAACUACAAGGGAAAGUACAGCCCCUCGUACCUCCUCUGUCCCGACACGUAUCGAUUCACGCCGAUCGAAACCGCACGACAGCGACUCGACGUGUCUAAAUACUCGCGAUUGAACGACGACCAGUACAACACCGAGCGUGUCCUUUCUUUCCUGGGUGGCGUGCUCAUACUGUUUGAGAAACAGGUGAUCCCGUACAUGCUGUUCCGGAGCUAUUACGGCCACAUCAAGGACAGGAUCGUGGUGGAGUAUGCUUCUCUGGUGGGCAAGAUCCUCACUCAGAGGAUGUUCCUCUAUAUGCUACUGGAUGGGAGCCAACAGGACGAAGACAGCGACGACUAG